AUGUUCUCUCUUCUUUUGAUAGCACUCGCAUCGGCGAGUAUGAACUUUGACAAGUGGGCUGCCACAAACCACAAGGCGUAUGCCAACAAGGCUGAGUACCUUUACAGACUUGCUGUAUAUCUCGACAACAAGAGAUUUGUUGAGAACACCGCCAACACUGAAUUGAAUGUCUUUGCUGAUCAGACUCAUGAAGAAUUCAUUAAGACACACUUGGGGAUGUCAUACAAAGUCCCAGAAGGAGUGACUGAGAAGCGAUCUGUUAAAUCUGCCCCAGAAUCCGUUGAUUGGAGAUCAAUUAUGAAUCCAGCUAAAGAUCAAGCCCAAUGUGGCAGUUGCUGGACUUUCUGUACCACCGCUGUGAUGGAAGGAAGAGUUAAUAAGGAUCUUGGAAAGCUUUAUUCAUACUCCGAACAACAAUUGAUCGACUGUGAUACUACAGACAAUGGCUGCUCGGGUGGACAUCCAGACAAUUCAUUCACUUUUAUUAAGAAUAACAAAGGUAUCACUUUGGAAACUUCAUACCCAUAUAAGGCCGCUGAUGGGACUUGCAACACUGCUGUCAAGAACGUCGCCACAGUCGCUGGUCAUAAAAGAGUCACUGACGGAAGUGAAACUGGCCUUCAAGAAAUCACUGCUACUUACGGCCCUGUUGCUGUCGGUAUGGACGCUUCUCGCGCUUCAUUCCAAUUGUAUAAGAAGGGAACUAUCUACAACGACGCUAACUGCAAGAGAAUAGUUAUGGACCACUGCGUCACUCUUGUCGGAUAUGGAAAGAACACUGAUGGUGAAUACUGGAUCAUUAGAAACUCAUGGGGAACUUCUUGGGGUGAUGAAGGUUACUUCUUGUUGGCUAGAAACCAGAACAACAGAUGUGGUAUCGGAAGAGACUCGACUUAUCCAACUUCAGUCUCCUUGAUCUAA